CUUCUUCUUCACACCACUUACCCAGAAAUGGAGCUCCGCCUGUGUAAUCCAUUUCGUCACAUUAUUCCUCUUUCUUCAAGUUACUCCAAUCAAGUGACAUCUUCCUCCCGACCUCGUUGCUUGUCUGUUCGAAGCUCCCACUUAGAUCACAACGAAUCACGCAAGCUAGUUUUGGAAGUGAAGGAGAAGCUUGAGAAGGACCAUCAAAGCCUUCCUGUUGGCGAAAAUGGAAGAGAUGAUGAGGAUUUGAUUCUCUGGUUUCUCAAGGACCGAAAAUUUUCGGUACAAGAGUCAGUUGAGAAAUUGCACAAAGCAAUUAAAUGGCGUCAAGAAUUUGGAGUGUCUGAGUUGUCUCAAGAUUCUGUGAAAAAAAUUGCUGAAACUGGAAAAGCUUACGUGCACGACUUUCUGGAUGUUAAUGGUAGACCAGUUCUCAUAGUGGAUGCUGCUAAGCAUUUUCCUGGUGUGCAUGAUCCUGUUGAGGAUGAGAAGCUCUGCGUAUUUUUGAUUGAAAGGGCAUUGAGUGCACUUCCUGAAGGGAGAGAAGAAAUACUUGGAAUCUUUGAUCUCCGAGGCUUCGGUACAGCGAAUACUGAUUUGAGGUUUGUAACAUUUUUGUUUGAUGUAUUCUACUAUUAUUACCCAAGGCGAUUGGGCCAAGUCCUGUUUGUGGAUGCUCCAUUUAUAUUCAAGCCAAUUUGGCAGCUUGCAAAGCCCUUGUUGAAAUCAUAUGCUUCCUUGGUGAGGUUUUGCUCUGUGGAGACUGUCAGGAAGGAAUAUUUUACAGAAGAAACACUACCUGCCAAAUUUAGAGACUGAUCGAUGAGAGAUUUUACAUAUUAAUAUUACUCCAGUUACACUAAUUUGUACUCGAUGGCUCAUUUCUUCUGCGAUUGAAAUUUAGUGAUGUAGAGAUUUCUAUUUAGCUUCAUAAUCAAAACUUUUGAUUGUUAAAAAAAUUAGUCAUGUCCAUGAUUCCAAGCUAUGACUCUUUGGGUGCAAGAGAGCGUUUUCUCCUCUGGUCUUUGUCAAUAUACUGUAAAUUGGAAGGUUUUACAGAAUCAGAGACAUGUGCUGUGCAUCGAAGUUACUAUUUGAUCAUUUUUCAUGCUACCUUCGAUCAGUUGUAAUUAUUGCAAUCUUGCAGAUGAUAAUGUAAAAUUGAUUACAUACAAAGUGUUGGAUGAGUAGUUGUAUAACAAUAAUAUGGUGACCAAGUAACAUUUGAAUUGUAUGC